AUGCGCAGCCGCUGGGUCGACUCGCUCAAGCGCGGCAUCUCGGCGUCCCCGCGCGACGAGCGCUCGCCGCAGCCCUCGGGGGCCACGCCCACGCCCACGCCGAGCUCCACGCUCUCGUCCGUUUCCGCGCCCAGCCUCAGCGGCGCCGAGAACCCGGCCUUCGUGCAUGACGCCGAGCGCUGCGACUGCGUGGGCGCCUGUAGCGUCGCGCGCGUGCUGGAGAACUGCGUGCUGCAAGGUGGUGUGCACCACACGCACAUGCACGUGCUGACGUACCUGGGGCGGCCGCUGCGCUCCGAGUGCUGCUGCUACCCGGUAGCCGUGCAGUGGUUCCGCGCUGUGGGGGAGCAGGACGACUUCCAGGUCAUCCCGGGCGCCUGCGACGAGUGGUACACGCCCACGGCGGACGACAUCGGCGCGCGCAUCCUGGCCAAGGUCAUGAUCGAGGACGAGGACGUGCUCAAGACCAAGAUGCUUGAGUACGGACCCAUCAAGGAGGACCCGGAGGUGCGCAGCAAGGUGGAGAUGUAUCUCGAGCGCAAGUCCGUGCUGUUCAUGGGCCUCCGCAGCAUCGCGGUGCAAGACGGCAGCGAGUAUCUGCACGAGGAAGAGCUCACGGAGAGCUGGACGCUGCUGAUUGACGACCGCAGGGUGCGCUUGACGUGCGAGUCGUCGCUGAUCCCGCCGUUCGAGAGCCUCUACACCCCUGACAUCAAGCUGGAAAUGGUGCGAGGCACACCGAACGAGUUCUACCUGCACCUGGCACAAGGAUGUUACGUUCGACUCCGCGCUGAAUCCAACACGGUGCGGGAUAUCAUCGUGCUCACGCUGCGCGCCUUCUGCAAGAUGGCUGUCUCGGAUGAGACCACCCACAGCGCCGUUGCAAAGGGACUAUCCCCGAUGCUGACAUUACGCAAGAUCGCCCAAGAGGAAGAUGCCAAGAAGCAGCCACCAGUAGGUGCCAGUGCAAACUUUGGCGGAUUGCUGGGAUUAAGUUGCAUGCUGAGGUUGUACACGCCGUCUCUUGAUUUCGACCAGCAGACCCAGGAAGCCCCUCCGCCUCCACCGCCGCCAGCUCCAGUGUACGAUCUCCCGUGGAAUCGAUCGGCGAGUAACUCGUUCAGUCUGGAACCGCCUGAGUCGACAGGUACAAGUACCGUGCUCGACGAAGUGGAUGAAUCACUUGACGCAGGCAGCAGACGACCGAGUCUUGCAAGCAGCCUUGGUGCUGGAAUGGGAGGUGACGGGUGGCAGCACAGCGACGACUUGGACGAUUCGCUGCUGAUGGACGCUGAGGCGUUGAUCGGCAACGCCCAGAAGAUGGGCAUUCAGUACCAGAUUUUGCCGCGCGCUCCGAAGCGCAUCUCGAUUUUGGAUAUCCCGGACCUACAGAUCAUCGAGGCGAUGGAAGCCUUGAGUGAUAACGGUGUUACGGGAAACACAACUGCAAGUGCGCAGCAGGAAGAAGAAAGAAUGCGGCAACAGCAACGAGACCAGAAGCGGCGCAGAGGAAGCAGUGGCAGCACAGAUGACACCACCCCGGAGGUCCACCUUGGUCAAGGUGGCAAUGGUAACAACGUCGAUGGAAGUGUUGGAACCGGAAUGCCGGAGCUGCUGGAUGCCAGCUGCAUCGACAAAGCGAUAGAGGAGUUCAUGGCAGACGGCAGUCUCCGAAAAGAGAAUGUGGACGUGGCAGCAUUACGGCAACGCUACGUUGCGAUCUUCUGCUCGCUGCAGCGCGAGCUGCACACGUACAAGCAGCGCGUGGUGACGUUAUCCAAGCAGCUCGAGGAGAAGCAGGAGCUCAACUCGAGCUUCCGCAAGGACAUCGAGUCGCUGCGUAGCGCACUCACGUCCAUGCAACUCGCUGACAAAGUGUACGACCUCGUAUCCACAGACCUGCAGCAGCUCGUGAAGCGAGCGGCUACACCCGCGGAAGCCGCCCCGGCAGUACCCAACGUGUCGUUCUGA